UUAAUGAAUGCAAAUACGCACUAUAAUUUUACAGAUGUACGGUACAUAGCAUUUUAAAAAGGCACUGCUCUUCACAAAAUCUCUGUGACAAAACCGGUGGAAUCUUAGCACAGCCCUCCUCGCUCAUAAGCAGCUCCUGAUCACUCUGAAAUAACACUCUGCUAUCUUGCCAGACAGUCUACCUAUAGCUGCGAUGGUACACAUGAAUGCAUUGGGUUAAAGAACCACCUGGAGCCGAGACUCACUCAGCUUCCCAUCCACACCUGAUCAAUUGCACAAAACAAUCUAGUCGGUACAAGAUAACCCGUGGUUGCUGGCCGCAGAACACAAGAGUUUGCAAAAAGGGCUGUGCGCUUCAGGUGCUGGAAUAAUGUUCCUGUUGAAGAUUGUGAAUAUCUGUUCAUUUGAAGCCCGCGAAUAAGGCAAGCUUCGGAUUUGUAUCUAUUGGUUCGUUCUCUCGGAUUUAAAUCUAAAAUGAAGUUGUCUCCAAGAGACCGAAGAAAAAACAUGCGCGACUUAGCUUUGGAGAUUGGGAUACGAGUUCUACUCCUUGGAGUUUCCAUCUUCACAGAGUUUCUGGACCCCUUCGAGAGAGUUAUUCAACCCGAAGAGAUGUGGCUUUACAAAAACCCACUGGUGCAGUCAGACCUGCCUACACAGGUCAUGUUUGCAAUUUCAUUCCUGACACCCCUGGCAGUCAUUUUUGUGGUGAAAAUAAUCAGAAGGACAGAUAAAACGGAAAUCAAAGAAGCCUGCCUAGCUGUUUCCUUGGCUCUUGGUCUGAAUGGAGUCUUUACGAACACCAUUAAAUUAAUAGUGGGAAGACCGCGGCCAGACUUCUUCUACCGUUGUUUCCCGGACGGUGUAAUGACCACGGCAAUGCAGUGCACUGGGGAGCCCAGCCUGGUGUCUGACGGCAGGAAGAGUUUCCCCAGCAACCACUCCUCCUUUGCCUUUUCUGGCCUGGGAUUCACCUCCUUCUACUUGGCGGGGAAGCUGCAAUGCUUCACAGACAACGGCCGUGGAAAGAGCUGGCGACUGUGUGCUGCAAUAUUGCCUCUGUAUUGUGCAAUGAUGAUAGCGCUGUCACGCACCUGUGAUUACAAACACCACUGGCAAGAUGCCCUAGUUGGUGGAUUGGUUGGUCUCAUCUUUGCCUAUAUCUGCUACAGACAGCAUUAUCCCCCCUUUCUUCACGUAGAUUGCCACCUACCUUACGCCAGCCUCAUGAUGCAGGCCACAGCUGAAGAGGAAGAAAAGUCUGCAGCAGACAAUGCAACCAGCUUGCCUCUGGAAGGCUUGACCGAGGGUCCAGUAUGACUAAUAAAGUUACCAAAUUGACUUUUAGCACUUAGACAUUCCAAACAGCAGGACAGUAACUCUUAGCUGAAAACAACAUAACAAUAGCAUUAUACUGAGUUUUUUUUUUUUAAAAUUUUUUAGUGAAUCUGCUUUACUUUCUCUUUCAAAAACGUGUUAUGGGAAUUAAAUGUCAAAGUUUUGGCAUUUUAGAGUGUCCCCCUAUAGUAGACUUAGGGCCUCAUUUCCGAAAUGGCACUAAACAUUAAGGUGCACCAUAAUUGCAAUUAGUGUACACGUUCAUAAUUUCCAUAUUUACAAUUGCAAUUGUAUUAAUUAUUGCGCAAAAUAGUGGGCAUAUUAUGGCACACACUGAUUUUAUUGUGCUACAC